GUAGUUUUUCUCUUCGAUAAUCCUUGCUUGUUGUAUUCUUUGUCUUUUUUCAUGGUCCUCCGUUGUUGCUUAGGUUCAGCUACGUUUUUUGUCGUUAAUAAUACUUUUUCUCAUCCUGGCCGCGCCUAUCUACCGUCGCACGUUCUGUCGUUCCUUUCAUGCUGCAAACUUGACAAGGAAAAGCUAAAGCAGAUGCACGUAAUGUGAUGUGAAAAGCUAACAAACUUCGAAGUUGUAUCGAGGUCGCCUUGGCUAUUUCCGGCGCAUCAAGAUAGAAGGGAGAGAAACAAAAAUACCGAAGAUGAUGAACACGUCGAUGACCACGUCGAUGACCACGACAGUUUCUAGCAGUAUGACGCAGCUUGUCAGCCGCGGUGCGCUUUUUCUCCUCUACUUGGCAUUGUUCCUAUCCGCCGCCCCACACAGCUUUAUUCUCCCCGCAAAUGGAGACGCUGCGUCUGUCGCCGAGUUUUUCCACAUGGUCGACGAAUAUGUGGACCACGUUCCGCCACACAUGACCAUCUGUCAAUUCGGUCUGGUGCCCUUUCACGAGCUGCUCACGCACCAGAUUUUCGCGCGCCUCACGCCGCCGAAAUUCCAGAACACGUAUGUGCACUUCUUGCAAGUGGACGGUUUAGUGGAUGACGGCCUCGAAACUGUCGAUGAAAAAGGCGAGAAAGACAGCAGCUCAACAUCAUCAACUGCUGGCGAGCAACAACAAACAGAGAGCACAUACGCCUUGGAUACAUUAAAACUUUUGAAGGACACCUACGGGGACAAGCGGGUGAACGGAUUUGGGUCAGUCAACACGUUCGACAGCUACUGCAGCAUGAUUAUCGUCACACUGCACUACCCACACGUCAGCUUCGAGGACGUGUCGGUCGUCGCCCGCAAGAUCGAUUCCAUCUUCCUCGCCUACAUCAAGUCCGAGGACAGCUGCCACACGCAACAGCUCGAGUGCCGGUGGAUGAGUCGCAGUUGGGAGGCGGUGCUGGGCGAGGGCUCAUUUUGCGGUGAGAACGUGUGCCUCGGCAUGGUGCCAUCGGACCAGGUGUUCGACGAGGUAAUGGCGCAGAGCCCCAUGGUGGAGUGCAGCGAGUUUAUCGAAAACAGCGAUCGACCAGCCUCCUGGACCACGCAAUGGCAGCAGGACUGGUUCAUUUACCACAACUUCUUCUCCAAGGAAGCGCUGCAGCGGGAGAAGAAUAGCCUGACGGAACUCGGGGAACAAACCGCCGCGGGGGUGACAGAGGCGAAGGAGCGACUGAACUUACCCGAGACGACGAAUAAAAAGCUGUAUUUCGCCGAGGUGGGCGCCUACCACCCGUUCAAGUACAGCAACACGCUGUUUUUCGAGAAGUGCCUCGAGUGGGACGGGAUUUGCGUGGAGCCCAACCCCUACCACGCGCACCUGUUCAAAACGUACCGGCGCUGCGCCUUGGUGCCCCACUGCGUCUGGAGCAGUACGAAAACGGUGACGAUGAGCUUCGCCAAGGACAUGAUAGAGGCGGCGGUGCCGGACGACGCCACCGGCGACAUCCCGGACAUCAACACCUACGACCCCUCGCAGCAGAACAACUCCAAGAAGCCCGCGCACCAGUUCGAUGCGGUCUGCCUCUCGCUGGACAGCAUACUGCAGGACUUCUUCGAAUUUCCGAAAAAUGAGUUCGGGCAGACGCUGGUGCAUUACAUCUCCCUCGACGCGGAGCACGCGGAGGUCGAGAUUCUGAAGGCGUUCCCCUUCUGGAAGUACGACAUCAAGUAUGAGAGUGUACAACUACAACUCUCCCUCCCCCUCAUUUGCAUGGCAUGAGCAGCAAUACAAACACCAACACACGCGGAGCCUGUGCAUGACAAGUUGAAGCUCACGGACCGAGUGUCGUACUCUUUGGGCUUCCGAAAUUUGUCAUGCAAACUAUGCCACAAGGAGAAGGACAAGUGACCAAAUCAAUUGGGGACUUUGCAUCAGUGAUGCAAAUUGCACAAAUUCCAAAUUCACAAAAUGUUAAGGAGGGGGAGUUGUGCACUGUUAUAUCAAGGUCUGGUUGAUCGAGGUGCAGCCGGACAACUUCUACGCCGUCGACGCGAUACUGUUGACGAACGGUUACGGAAAAGUUGCAGUUUUGGGCGGGGACCACGUCUACGUGAAGUUGGGCAACAUUUUUACGGAGUUGGACUAUCCGAGCAGUGCGAAGGCGGAGCAGGAGGCAAUAAUGGGGAACAAGACACACGGAUUUCAUGAGCAUAAACAACCGAAAAUUGAUUAUUCGACAAAUAGACCGAGGAGCGCGAUGAAAAAGAAGAGGGACGACGAGGAUGGGGAAGAAGGGAAGGAUGAGGAUGGUGGGGAAAGAGAAGAUCAUUGAAAUCUUUGUGAAAGAUGUCUUAGAUCUAGGUGCAAGACAGCUGCAGUAUUCGGGAUCUUGAUAGAUGACUUUCAACGACAACAGCGAAGAGGCCAUCUGUGUAAUCUUUCUCAGCGUUUCCUCCACGCAAAAGGAUCAAAACAUACUUAUACUACGAUUGGGAUCUCAGACUUGUUUUUACUCCAUCUAGACACGGGCUAUUUCUCCAUUUUUCUGGUACUUUACCAGAGGAAGAUAGCGAGCUUUCUCUUAAGAACCAUGAAAAGGACAGUCGCAUUUUUCUGGAUCUUUGUAGCAGACUGCCUUACCAUGCCCAGCGUUCUUGUGAAUGAGCGCAUUACAGAUUCUCGAAAGGGUAAAGGUGCGUACUACGGGGCCCAGGUCUAGUAGAAGCAAGACCAGUAAGUAGCUUUCGACUUUUGCGGGUCUUGUUUCAAAGCCAUUCGUAAAGCCUAGCGACAAAGGUGACAGCUUCUAAGAGAGCAUUCGACCCCCCUAGGGCUCAAAUCAAAAGAAAGAAGUCGCAGAGAAAAAAAAAAAAAGAAAGUGCGAGAGAAGCGACAGAUAAAGAGGGCAGGUCGCACACAAAAAGAAAGAAAGUUUGAAGUGCCCCAAGAUACAGAGCGCAAAAAAAAAAAAAGAAAGAGCCAGCGCGACAAAAGAGAAAAAAAAAGAGGACGAAGUAAGAGGCUCACAUCGAAAAGAAAGUAAGAACGUCCCACCUAAGGUUGACCGCAGCAAAGUGUGUAUAACUCCGUGUUGAUCACUAAGCUCGGUGGCGCUUUUCGUUCUGGCCGGCUUUGCUGCUCUUGCAAAGAAGCUAGCUACCGGGCUUCGCUUGGGGUCUGUUUUUCCUGUUCGACUGACACAUCACCCAGAGGCGGUGGGUGUAGUGUCAGGUUUGUCGGGUGGCUGAGGAUCUGACCCAGCGCUUAGGAUUGGAUCUUCUGGACAUUGGGUGUGGAGGUGGUAGCACACAAUGGACCCCAAUUGAACUUCCCUUCACUGCUAAAAUGGGCGGUGUUGCGUCGUUCAAGAUGCCUGGCUCUCAAUGCAAUCCAGUGCAGACAAUUUACCUUCAGGAAACUUAGACAGUUCGUUAGCAGUUCCUGGCUCGCCUUGGCAGCUACUACAGUGCCGAAGAAGCUUGCUCCACAUUGUUUUUUCCGGUCGUGAACUCAGCUCUACUAGACACUCCACCAAUGAUGAAGGUUGUGCGAAUCGAUUGCAAAUGAUGUGAAGAAAUGAAAAACACUGCUGGCAUGCCUCGUGCCCCUGGCGCUCGGUGUUACCGCGCAACUUGCUUGUUUGUUCGCGCGGACCCCAACAUUCGUUUUUGUCAUGGUGGCAAGAACUCGUGAUAAGAACAGAUACAGAUCAUUAUCGUUGCUCAAAUUCAACGCCACAGGUUUACCCGGAAGCCGAGAAGAUGGGGAAGAAGGGAAGGAUGAGGAUGGUGGGGAAAGAGAAGAUUAUCGAGACGCAAACAGAGGGGAGCUGUAGCUGAGCAGGCUCUUUCCAAAAAUCUCAUGUCGAUCGUCAUGUUGUAGCUCUGGAUAACGAUAAUUAUUUCUGAAAAUCGAAAUCCGCAUGCACCGGUGACCACUCUGCAUUUCCGCUGCAACUUCUGCUGCGUGCGACUGCGGUCACCUCGCCCGCCUACAAUGACGUCGGCGAAUAUUGAACAUCAACA